GUGACUUCUAGGGCAACGCACCUGCUCUGUAUGUGUGUAAUGGGAACUUUCUCUCAAUCGAGACGAGCUCUGUAGAUAAAGUUAAAACCGAGGACACGUUCUUAUGGUGGUUGAAGAUUUGUUAAUGUCUCAGUAUUCAUCCUGACACCUGACACACCUAGUAACGCAAACAGCUCCAGGUGACUUCUCGUCACCAUGGCAACAUCAUUACCUCGGAUCACCCCAAGGGGGACCCCUGUUCCCGGGGCGCCAAGGUCUUUUUCUGCCAACUCCAUGUAUGUGAGCUACCCCCCACCCCACCUCACCAGUACCAUGGACUUUUUACAUAUGCCUCCAAGGAUUAACCCUUUAGCUCCUCCGCCCCCACGAAAGCGAAUCAACGCGAGCUGGGAGACAAUAGAACAACAUUUACAUAAUGACAGACGGAGGAUAUUUAUGCAGGCGCGAGAGCAUGAGCGGUACCAUUCGGCCUGGGCAAAGGGAUUUUAUGGCCCACCGGCUGAACGAGAGGCCUAUAGAAAACACUUCCGAGAAGUCUUGAAGGAACAGAUGUCCUAUCAGGAUUACCAGAAGAAACAAGACCUGAAGAAUAAAAUCCACGAGAGCGAGGUGGCGGUAGAAUACGACAAAAUUUGUCUACAAGAGGACACGGAGAAAUUCAUCAAGCGAUACACCUAUCUUAAAAACUUUAGGGAUGGGAACAAAGUUAUAAUGGAGAACCAAUGGAGAGAAAACAGAGUACUACGCCAGCAUGAAAACAAGGUUGAUAGAGAAAUGAUGAAGUAUAACCCUAUUAACUGGAGCUGCACACUCAAGUAACGAGACUCAUAUUACCACAGUUACUGCACAUACUGACACUGGCCACCACUGUACCAAACAGUUAACAUAUGUCUGGAGGCUCAAAUGUUUUGUUUUUUUGUUGACUGUGAUAUCAUAGAGAACAGUUGUGAUAAGGUGUGGUUGUGGAAUCAUGGCAACCAACCAGUUGUGAUAUAUGUACUGCAGUAAGAAUUGCCUUGCAUAUUUGUUUUUUCUAAAUUAGUUAGUCAACCAAAACUAACAAUUUACAUUAACUGAGUAUUUGCAUCAAAAAGUCUUCAGAGGCUGAGUAAUUCAUUUUAUAUAGUACCGGGUACCCGGUAGUUGUUAAGCUUGCAGGUCAUUGUUGGUAGGUGAUGGGUUUGCAUUCAGGGGCCUUGUGUGAUCUGGCCCUGGAGGGGUUCAAAUCUGAAACUAGUGGACCAUUUGGUCUACAUUUUUUCCUGGACAUCUAUGUGAAUAGCCUAAUAUUGCUCUAUUAAAAAAAAAAUUGUUUUAGCAUUAGCUGGGUGUUUGUCUGAAAUCCCCAAGGUUACACCCCUGGGGCCCUAUUUUCGAAGCCAUCUUAGCGCUACGAAAUCGUAAAACCGUCGUAGGUUGUGAUGUCACUACAGCACACGCCAUAGUGACGUCAUAGCUUACGAUGAUUUCACGAUUUCGUAGGCUAAGAUAGCUUCGAAAAUAGGGCCCCUGGCAUCUCGGUACCAGUUCUAACCCAAUGGCUUAGUGCAGAGGUAUAAAACUACUAGACUAACAAACUUAUAACUUCACUAAUUGUUAAUGACCGACCAUUAACAAUACAGUGUGCGAUUUUGGUUUAAAAAUUUUAAGUGUCGAUCAUAAGGUCUGAAUUCAAAUCUUUAGAUCCUGCCACCAACCCAGUGAGCCCUGCCAUGCGUCUCCAGUAGAUCAGAAGAUACACUAGUUAAAUGUUUUGCAUGAAAUUAUGGAAAAGAUCGCUAUUCAAGACUCUGGUUUCUCAGGAUUUUGAGAUAUAUGUUGACUGUGUCAUUUCGAAGAAUCAAUGUAAUUUGUACAAAUAAUAUUUACGAGCCAUGCGGGCUCGUAUUCUAGCCAAGCUAGAGAGUCCUAUAUGAUUUUUGCGAGCCUCGGGCUUCUGGACUCUCCUCAAAAUUGCACACUGCUGUAUUGUACUUCAGUUUUGGUGAAUAUGUUUAGUCAUGGACAGACAACCCAGACAACUGUGGUAUGUCACCAGGACAGGAUGGAGGAAUAUUAAUCUGGAUAUAAGAUGGGGAAAACAAGAAGACAGAAAAUGGAUUGUAUUAAAUAAGUCUUGAUAAACUAGGCAUUGGUACUUUUUAUCAAGACCUGUUCAAAAUAAUGAAAAAGUAUUUGAGGACUGCUAUUUGAAAACAGACAUGUUAUGAAGUUUUGUAUUGUGACUUCAUGCUCCAGCUUGAAAAUAUUGGUUCAAUUACAGUAAAACCUCACAAUCCAUUUUGUAGGGUGGGGAGCAAUCUAAGCUUUGUACAUUUUAAUUUAGAAGCAAAAAGCUUAUGUUUUGUAUGUAUAGUAAAUUACUCUUGAAAACGAGAUAUUCAGGAUGUGUCAGAAAUAUUAUUUAAAAACUAGGAUGAAAAGGAAAAUCUGUUUGUGAAACUGAUUAUCAGAAAGCAGAUUCUGCAUUUUGAGCAGCAUAUGUUACCUGCUCCUUGUGAAUUUUGAGUCAUAUAGUUUAUGGACAAGAAUAUUGGGAUUACAUUAGACCACUGUGUGGUUUUUGGAAUGAAUUCUGAAAAUCUACAACUUGAAUAGUGGCCUGUGUGUGGUAUUUGAGUGAACUGAAAGACUUGUUUUUGUUUUUGUGAUCUUAGAAAGUUAUGUUUUAAUCAUGUUUUUGUUGUUUAUAUCUAAUUCCAUAGUUACCAGGGUAAUAUGUACUUUAAUAAUAGCAACUGCUCAAUGGAUAUGUCUCAUAGCAAAUGUUAGACUCAUCACUGUCAGUGCAAAAGGUUUACAAAUAAAAUGUUUACGAUACCAGUACAUUAUAGUAUUGCCAUAGUCACAGUAUGUACCCGGUACAUGUAUUGUGGACACUGAAGCCCAAAACAAAACCCCACACAUUCAAAACCCAACAACAAAAAACAUUGAUCUCAAAACAUAGUCGACUUACAUGAACAUUUUUUAAAACUACUUAUCAGGAAUUUCCUAAACUUGUUAACCAUUUUGUUGUUGCAUAUUAAAGUAAUUUGCAAAUUUUAGUUGAAUAAUCAGAAUCAAUUAUUUAUGUCUUCAUAGAGCAGAUAUGUAUUAUGAAUAAUAAUAAUAAUAUUGUUGAAUACUGCCUGAAUGCUAUGUGAUACAUGUACGUUAUUCCUAGGCAUCACUGGUAUCUCUGUCUGGCAAGGGGACAUAACUCAGUGUUGAAUUUAGAGUAGGAAACAUGUCAAGAAUCACAGCAGUGUUGUUGUAUAUGAAUAAUGAAAACAAUUAAACUCAUCAUUUUCUGUAAAAAUCACACCCUCCUGUACUCUUCUAACCAAAUUUUUUGUUUGUUCUAUUUUUCAGUUAAAAUUAACUAAAAUUAUUUAUCACUAGUGAAAUGGUGUGACCGUUUACAUAUCAUGCAUUGUUCUUAAUGGACAUUUUUAGGGAACAAUUUUCUAUAUUUUUCACUGUUGAUUGUUAUAAAUAAAAAUUAACUUACAGUGAAUAUAUUAAUCAUUGUUAAUUUUUAUGUUUUUUAAAUCUCUUUAGUGUGAUAUUGUCUCCCACUUAAGAUGUCACCCAUCUCUACUUUCAUUCAUAAAGCAUGUACAUUUGCCUCAUUAGUUAACUUUAGAUUAUUGUUAUUUAUGAGUUUGUUUUAAUGCUUUAAUUGUAGACUAACAUAAAAUUCUGUGUUCUUUGGCCAGUACGUAACUCAUGUUCACAUUUCCAUCAUAUACCAGUACACCAAUUUUUUUUUUUUUUUUUUUUUUUUUUUUUGAGUUAGCAGUGGUAGUAUACUCAUGUUAUUACAACUCAAUGAUAGAACAAUACAGUUUUCAUAAAAGCACAAUCUGUGCACAUCAAACACGACAGGCCUUGACCUUAACAUUUUUCAGUGGUAGCCCACCAGUCUACCAGGUUAUAAAAUAUAAAUAUAAAAAUUGGUAGCCCCAUAAUUUUAAUAAUUUUUGGUAAAAAAAAAAGAGUAAAAGGCAAAAUCAUUUAUUUUUAUUUAAACAUGUUUCAGGUGGGUUUUUUAGGGGUUUAAGAAUCUUGUUGAUUGUGGAGUACCUGGAUGUAAAAUCUAGUAGCCCGGAGGACUACUGGGUUUAGACAUCUGAUAGCCCGAGCAACAAAUUGGUAGCCAAAACACCCCGGGCUACUGCUAAGCCUUAGCCUAAGGUUGAGCCCUGCACGAUGUUUACACUGUGUUUCAUGUGAUAUAUGUCUCAGAUAUAUAUAUAAUGUUAAAGCAAAACCACGGUUUCUCAAAAUGAUGGAACAGUAAAUGGAUACAGUGAAAUCCUUUACUUUCAUGGACUUACAGUUUCGGGGUUUUGCUAAAAAGCACAUUUCAUGUAUACAUGUACCUAUAAUUGUGGAUGGACAUGUAAUUUCAUAAAUUCAAAUUAUAUGCAUACAUUUACAGUAAAACCUGUCUAAACCAGGCCCUGAACUAACCGGAAUCCUGUCAAACCCAGCCAACUUUCUAAAUUCUAUAACAUGACCCUCUAAACACCAGACCCUAAAUGAACCGGAAUCCUGUCAAACCCAGCCAACUUUCUAAAUUCUAUAACAUGACCCUCUAAACACCAGAUCCUGCCUACAUCAGAUAAAUAUUAGGUCCCUGGGCUUCAAAGAACUUAAGUUUUUACUUAAGUUUAAACUUAAUGGGAUUUUUUAUGACUUAAGUUCCUCGAUAAAAAGGGCAGGAGUGUUCUGGUUUAGACAGGUUUCACGGUAUUAUAUUUUCAUUGUGUUUUUAUUUUCGUUGACUGCAUUAGUCCACAAAUAACAUGGAAAUUGGACCACUUUGAACAAAAGUGAUUUCACAGUAUAUAGCAUUUUGGAAAUGAACUCGCUAUAUUUUCUUUAUGAAAUUAGAUACCAAUUAUCAAACAUUCAACAAUUAAAAUUCUAUAUGGAUAACAUGACUAAAAAUAUAAACUGCUCAAUUAAUGCUCACUAUAUUUUGAAAACUAAAUGUCUAAACACACUUAUUCAUAUUUUUUAAUUAAUGACUGUGUACACUGCUUUAAAUUUUCAGCCUAUCUUAAAGACUCAUCUUGUAGUCAUUAUUUGAUGUAUUACCUGGGUUGUUGGUGCUGUUAUGCAGGUAAUUCUUGGUCUAAGAAAGGUAGUCUUUUUCCAUGUGUAAUCAAUUGAAGAAUAGUCAUUUUUAUGUCAGUAUAAAUGUGUUUCUUUAUAUUGGGCUUUAUAUAUUUUUACCAUUAUAGUGAAAGGAAUUUUUAAAACUGCAGUAAACCAUAAAUUUAUGACUAUGUGUUAAAUGUCAGCAUAAACAUACCAGUGUUUUAUGUCUCAUGGGACUGCAUGGCUUGUCUCUUAUGAGUACAAUAUAUAUUCAGGGCUGGGAAUUCUCCUCAGAUCAUCUGUUUUCCUCUCAUGGAACAUUGCGUUUCUUCGCAUUUUAAUCGUCUUUUCCUCCAAGAUGUGUCAGAUGGCACAGAUUUUAACCUAGGAUUUCAAGAAUUUCCGGGACCCCCUAAAUUUCAUCUUUUUUACAGUUCAUCAUUUCCCACCCCUGAUAUCAUAACUAAAAUAUUUAUUCACAGUGCUAAAACUAUGAUUUAAACAAUAUUUAUUAAUUGAUGAACUGGCUUGAAAAACAAGUAAUAGGAUUUGAUCAAUUUCUCUCCAUGAGAUGACAUUACAUACAAUGCUAUUUUCACAAACAAUAACCAUAAUAGAUGUCCUGUUGACCACAUUUUUUUUUUACUAGUGCAGAUAUUUUGACAUUCCAGGUAGAGAUCAAUGGAGGGGUGGGGGGUGGGGGGACGAGGUGUACGCAUACACACAAAUUUCAAUGUUUAUCAGAUGAAUACAGUUCAUUUAUUGGUUUGUAGUGUGAAUGUGUAAUUGGUCAGCUUGGUAUUUGUGUGGAAGAUUACCAUACAUAUUGGUAUACUUCUAAAUACUGUAGGCGGCCUUGUUACAUGUUGCAUCCCCAUUCCCUAAAUACUGGAGGUGCUCUUUUUAAAACAUUGCACAUCCAUCUCUUGAAAAAUCCCACAUUCACCCUUACAUUCAUACUGGAAAUUAACAUAAAAAUGCUGUAGCUCAAAAUGCAUUUUAAUAAAUGUACCGGUAUGUGAACAGAAAAGGAAGAUACCAUGGUAUUAGUGUUAGUGAUUUUAUGUAACUGUGUUGUUGAAAUAAAACCAUGCUUUAAAUUGCCUUGAAUGUCUCAACCGAACAGUAUUCAUAUAGGUAGUGUUUAGGUCUACCUAAUUGUUCAACUGUCUCCUGGAACUAUGUUUUAUGAUUUUAUGUUUUUAAUAUGUGUGAUAAUAAAGCCAUUUUUUUUCUUAA